AUGAACUCCUUCCGGGCUGCCAGAUUCGCUCUCCGGGCUAAGCCCACCGCCAACUUCCUCGGACGCAGGACCUACGCCGAGGCUGCUGCCCCCUCCGACAAAAUCCGGUUGUCGCUCAGUGUCCCCCAUCAGCGCUCGCUGACGAGGAGGGUGUCGUUCAGUAUCCAGGUCAACAUCCCCGCCGAGUCAGGUGAUAUGGGUAUCCUCGCGAACCACGUUCCCUCGGUCGAGCAGCUGAGGCCUGGACUCAUCGAGAUCAUCGAGGAGAACGCCGGUGCUAGCAAGCAGUACUUCGUUUCGGGAGGAUUCGCUGUCGUCCAGCCCAACUCCCAGUUGAGCAUCAACGCCGUUGAGGCUUUCGCUCUCGAGGACUUCAGCGCGGAGGCUCUCCGCGCCCAGUUGGCCGAAUCUCAGAAGGUUGCCUCCGGCUCCGGAAGCGAGGCCGACAUCGCCGAGGCCAAGAUCGAGAUUGAGGUUCUUGAGAGCCUUCAGGCCGCUAUGAAAUAG